GUCGAAUAUAUUUCCCGCGCGACACGAUAUAAUUUACUCUCAUUGGUAUUCAUCAUAUUCCGGCGGGGCUCAAUAUCGAAGACAUCGACAAGUGACAUGCCGAACUUUGUGCCAAAUAAGCGUAAUGCAAGAAGCACUUCGACUUGGUGUCGAAAGCGAAAAUUAUGAUUUAUUAAGAUGCACAACUCACAUACUAUGGAGAACUGCAAAUAAGGAUGAAAAAUUAAGCUAUGUCAAUUUAAGAAAUCAACUGAAUCCUUUUCGUUAA